AUGUCUCGUUUUAGUGUUGGAAUUGCUAUUGGUCUCGCCAGCCUUAGUCCUGUGCUAGGAUUGACCCCGGAAGAAACGUUCUACCCACCUACCCUGAACGACACGGCCUACAUCAGCAACAGUUCAAUUGGCACGUAUGGCGGUACCUACCAAGCUCCCACCACCGGACCAACUGGAGGAACUCCGUAUGGAGCGUAUGAUUAUUGUUCCAUGCCUCAUCCUCGUCCACAAGAGUAUGAGCUCCCCGAUGCCCUAAAACAGGGUCAUGUUUGGGGCAAGCUUGUCUACCUCGAGUAUUUGCAGCGUCAUCAGAGACGUUCUCCAUACAAUAUCUUGCCUGGUGGGGAGAACCAAGCCUAUGAAUGCGACAACGUCAGGCCGUAUCUCUAUGCAGGUGUAAAUUCUUUCUCUGGAAUCCAGCCAAUUCCCAUGUAUGCCCAGACCUAUCAAGAUCCAACAAACCCCUUCACCCCUGGAGUCAACGGUACAUGCCAAUACCCUCAAAUCACCAUUGGAGGAAUCCAGGACGGCUUCCAGCACGGCAAAGAUCUCUGGGCCGUCUACGGUGAGAGACUCGGCCUGAUCCCCAGACAGCCCAACGAGCGCGUCUGGUUCCGCUCCAGUGAAUCAGCCCUGACUCAGGGAAGUGCCGGAGCGGUUUUGCGUGGUGUCUGGCCUUGGUACCAGGGAACACUACCUCUACACCAGAUGGUAUCUAGCGUUGAUACAGUAAACGCUGGUUAUUCUUGCUCGGCGGUUGGCAACAUGCUCAACGCUAUAAAGUCAACACCCGAGUGGAAUGAGCAUAUUACUGUCACAGCUGAAUUGCGCUCCACUCUGGGCUCGAUGUUGGGUGCCGAAAGUGGCUCCUGGCAGUCCACUUUUGACCAUUUCUCGGAUAAUUUUCAGGCCCGUCUGUGCAACGGUUACAUGCUUCCUUGCAGCCUGACUAAUUCGUCUAACUGCGUGACCAUGGAGAUGGCCGAGGAGGUCUUCCGUGCUGGAGACUGGGAGUGGAACUACUACUGGCGCACGAAUCCGGAUGUCGCCAAGUAUAUCCAAGUAGUUGAAGGCUUGUUCAUUGGAGAGAUAGUUACUCAUCUUCAAGCUGUUCUGAAUGGUACUUCAUCUCUCGAUUAUACACAUAUUUUCGUACACGAUGGUGAUAUCGGUCCUGUGUUGGGAGCGCUGGGUAUUGAUGCACUUCGAUGGCCUGCCAUGGCAUCUAAUAUCGCCUUUGAAGUUUGGGAAACAAAUGAUAACCAGAGCCGUUACUACGCAAGGGUACUGUACAGUGGUUGGCCACUCAAGACUAUCCAUGGUACCCUUGACUGGGUUCCUCUUGCUGAUCUCAUCAACAUCAUGAAACCAUAUAUACCUAAAGAUAUCGUCUCUCUAUGUGCAUAG